CCCCAGAAUCGGUCCCAACACCAAACGAACGCGCUCUUUCUCUCCGAGACCUCCGACACAACAGGCCGGCUCUCUCUCUCUCUCUCUUCCACAUGCCCUCCUCUUCUAGGGCUUCUUUCUCUCUCUUCCACAUGCCCUCCGCUUCUAGGGCUUCCUUCUCUCCAUAGAUUUUUACUUUGGGUUUCCUUUUUUCUGUGUUUCCUUCUUCCGUUUUCUUUGUGCUUAUUGAUCUGGUUUCGAAGAAGUAUCCUAUUUUUUCUCUUAGGGUUUUCGAUCAUCUCCGAUAUCUUCGAUUUUCUUACAUUCCCGGGAAAUUCUCCGAUUUUCCUUUCGUCACGCGAGGCUUUUUUCUCUUGGUGGAGGGCUUGUCAUCUUCUUCAAUUUCGUGGUUACGAUUUUCGGUUCAAUUUUCUCUUUUCGUGUCCAAUUUUUUUUUUCUCAAAAAAUAUUUUCAUCAGAAAUUUCUAGGGUUUCCGAAUACUCGUUAGUUUUUCAAUUUUUAUUUUUAUUUUAUAUUUGUUGGGCAAUGAGAUGGUGAGGCCAGAGGGAUUGAGUGCUACGCCGCCGCUUCUUCAAGCGGCGGCGAAGCAGUACGGCGUGACAAAGCCGAUAUCUACAGCGGGCCCCACAGACGUUGAUAUCCAGAGGACUCUGGAGUUGGAGAAGUUUUUGGUUGACGUUGGGCUUUACGAGAGCAAAGAGGAAGCUGCCAAAAGAGGAGCUGUUCUUCAUCGUAUUGGACAGAUUGUCAAAGAUUGGGUGAAACAACUCACUAGAGCAAGAGGUUACACGGCUCAAAUGGUUGAGGAUGCAAAUGCUGUAAUUUUUACCUUUGGUUCUUAUCGGCUUGGGGUGCAUGGUCCUGGGGCCGAUAUAGACACAUUAUGCGUUGGGCCAUCAUAUGUGAAUCGUGAGGAGGAUUUCUUCUAUAUAUUGCAUAACAUUCUGGCAGACAUGGAAGAAGUAACAGAGUUACAACCAGUCCCAGAUGCGCAUGUCCCAGUAAUGAAAUUCAAGUUUGAUGGAAUAUCUGUUGAUCUUCUUUAUGCGAGUAUUUCUCUCUUGGUUGUACCAGAAAACUUGGACAUCUCGGAUUUGUCGGUAUUGUACAAUGUCGAUGAGCCUACUGUUCGAAGUCUUAAUGGCUGCAGGGUUGCAGAUCAAAUUCUUAAGCUUGUUCCAAAUGUUGAGCAUUUUCGCACAACAUUGAGAUGCAUGAAGUUUUGGGCCAAAAGGCGUGGUGUGUAUUCCAAUGUGACUGGAUUUCUUGGGGGUGUGAAUUGGGCCCUUCUUGUUGCCCGAGUGUGCCAGCUUUAUCCUAAUGCAGUUCCAAGUAUGUUGGUCUCUCGAUUUUUUAGGGUCUAUACACAGUGGCGAUGGCCAAAUCCUGUUAUGCUAUGUGCCAUUGAAGAGGAUGAGCUUGGUUUUUCAGUUUGGGAUCCUCGUAAAAAUCCUCGUGACCGAACUCACCACAUGCCGAUCAUAACUCCUGCUUAUCCUUGUAUGAAUUCUAGCUAUAAUGUUUCUACAAGUACACUCCGUGUUAUGAUGGAACAGUUUCAAUGUGGUAACCAGGUUUGUCAGGAGAUAGAGCUGAAUAAUUCCCUGUGGAAUUCUCUAUUUGAGCCGUACUUGUUCUUUGAGAGCUAUAAAAACUAUCUCCAGGUUGACAUUGUCGCAGCUGAUGUUGAUGAUUUGCGUGCUUGGAAAGGCUGGGUGGAAUCUCGGUUGAGGCAACUGACCUUAAUGAUUGAGCGGGACACUAUAGGGAAGUUACAGUGUCAUCCUUAUCCACAUGAGUACAUUGAUGCGACCAAGCAGUGUGCCCAUUGUGCUUUCUUCAUGGGUUUGCAGAGGAAACAGGGGGAAACCAUCCAGGAGGGUCAGCAGUUUGAUAUACGGGGGUCUGUGGAUGAGUUCAGGCAUUCUAUUAAUAUGUAUAUGUUUUGGAAGCCAGGUAUGGAGAUCUAUGUAUCUCAUGUUCGUAAAAGGCAGAUUCCUUCUUAUGUGUUCCCAGAUGGUUAUAGACGGCCUCGUCCGUCAAGGCUCAUUACACCAAAGACUGAUAAGCCAUCUGAAGAUAAACGCAGUCAAAAUGAUUCUGGCAGACAUUAUCUUAAGCAGAAAAAGGGCACUGAGGUUUUGGAUAAUAAAGUAGGUUCCCCAGAGAAACAGCAGAGUAUUGGUCCUCAGCAGCACAGUUCAAUUUCUCCUGAAAUUGUUGAUCACAGGAUAAGCGGUGUAUCUACUGGCCUUAAGAGGAAAAGGGAUUCUGAUGCACUGAAUGAUAAGCUGGGUACGCCUGAAAAACAACAAUGUACUAGUCCUCAGCAGGACAGUUCAAUCUCUUCUGAAAGUAGUGUUCACAGCUUAAGCUGUGUAUCUCCUCAACAGCACAAUUCAAUGUCUUCCAAUACUGUAUCUACAGACCAUUUGCCUUCUAUAAUGGAAAUUGCUGUCGAAAAAAAUAUGGUGCACCAUGCUGACACUUUGAGAGAGGCAAGUACUGGGACCGACUAUGUUAAGGGAGUGCUAAGAUUGAUUGAGACAGAUAAAAGCUCUAAUGUGGAGUUGGUUGUAUCAGAGACUGAGACCGGAUGUACCUCAAAUUCCAGUGUCAUUACAAAUGUCACAAGUGAGGGCACUUCUUGUGAGGAUGUUGGAUUUGAAACAGUGACCGUCACUGGGAGUCCUGAAGGCAGUGUUCAAGACAGCAAUGACCCUGAAUCCGUACAGGGUGAUUCAUGUGAGGCAGACUUUGAACAGCUCUUGCAGAAUGGAUUUGUAAAUGGCAACAUGGUAUUUAAAGAUGGAUCAAAGGAAACCCAAAUGGUUCGCUCGGGAUGUCACUUGAUUCCAGCAGUGGUGUUAACUCGAGGGCUGUGGUAGUAAGGUGUAGUCUAACAUCAACAGCGUAACCGAAGUUUUAUAGAGUCGAAUAUGUGGAGGCUUAGAAGAAAGAGAGAUAAAGCCAGCAGAUCGGGUAAGUGAUUUUACGGCGGACUUUCAUUUCUUUCCUUUUUUCAGGCAUGAUUUGUGUAUUCAAAUUUGUCUGGACCGAGGUGGAAUCCAUUAAAGGUUAAUCCGAGAAUUCAAGUUAGCCAUUUUUCUGAAGGACCAAGAAGUACUUAGAAGCUUCAUCCGUUUCUCUGUAUAGUAUUUGCUAAUUAUAUGCUUGGAAACUCGGAACUUGGCAGCUCCUUAUUGUGUAGAGGUCUCUUUCUUUCUUUCUUCUUCUGUUUCCUUUUAUCCCUUUUUUUUUUUUUUUUUUUUUUUUGUGGGGAGGCAAAAGUGUCAUCGUGUUUUCUUUUCGUCGUCGUGGUGGUCACAACUGUGGCAGCGUCUAGUGUUUUGUGGUUAAGGGUUUGGGAUCUUGUUUGUUGGGAUACUGAUUUAAUGUGGGUAGGACCAUAGUUUGCAGUGUGCAGCCCGUUUGACCAAUGUAUACUUUGUGCCGUUCAUUAACAACGUUGAACAC